AUGGCGGACGUCGCCACGUGUGCAGCUCCGCCGAUAGACCACACGCAUUUGCACCAGCACGCGCAGCUCUCGCAGCACCAUUCCCCCCAGCAGCAGGGAGCAGUCGCGGAAUCGCGCGGAGGCCACUUGACCCGCCGACUGCUAAGCCUCGCUUUGCCGCUCCGCGCGGCUACUAAGCGCACCAUGCCGCCCGGCGAUUCGCCCAGGCGUCGCUGGGUGGUGGAAGUGCCUCUGUCCACCGCUCUCAACGCCACCGACCGCGAGUCGACGGCGGCACUGGGUCGAUGCGUGGAGGACGCGUGGACUGUGGUGCAGCGCGCCGUUGCUGACGUGGCUCGGCAACAAGCCACGUCGCAGGUGGUGCUGGUGCUGGUGCUGGUGGUGCCAUCGUCGGCCGCGGGAAUUCCCGGCGAGGGGGAUAGAGGGGAGGAGGGGAGGCAAGACGGCGAGCGCGAGGGGGAGGAAGGCUUUGAGGCGUGGGUGGUGCAGCGCGUUCUCCGACCGCUGGUGCAGCGAGCGACGCGAGCCAAGGUGCUGGCCGCCUUCCACGUGGAAAGGUCAGCGUCGCAGGGCGGAGCUGGCAGUUCGCGUUUGCCACAUCAGCAGCAGCGUGUGCACGGCGUGUGUGCCGCUGCGCGCCACUUCGACGCGGCGCGCGUGUACCUGCCAUCCAACCUCUUCACCGCAUCCAACGCCGUGGACUCCGCCGCUGAAUCUUUCGCCGAAUCCGCCGGUUGCCAAGCUUCACAGGUAGCAGAAUCGCCCCGCGCAGCCCUCGCGCCUCCCCCGUCGCCUGCGCUGAUGCGCGCGCUGCUGCCCCCCCAGUGCGCGCUCAUCAUGACCGCCUCCGCGCGCCAUCAGCCCGACGGGGCGAGAAUAAGCGGGGGGGCGGUCGGUGAGGUGGGGCGGGGGGAAGCAGGCCUCCGCGACGGCAGUGGCGGGCGCGAAGGGUUAACGGCGGUGGCAGGCGCCAGUGACUUCCACGGCGACCUGUUCCCGUCGCCCUCUCACACCACGGCAGAUGGUGACGGCGGUGCUGCUGGCAGUGUUGCUGUUGGUUUUGGUGGUGUUGCUAGUAGUGACGGUAGUGGUGGUGGUGGUGGCGCUGCUGCUGCUGGCUCUGCACGUGCCGCGUUGGGCGAGCAGGUAGGACGGCGGGGGGGGGCUCGCGGGGGUAGUGUUCCGCCCGCCGCCAUCGCACGGGCGCGCCUACAGCAGCCAACCGCACAGGCGGAGAUGAUGCGGCAAGGCCAGGGGCAGGCGCAAGGAGUGGGGAGGGAAGCAGGCGGAAGCGGCGCAGGAUCAGCGGGGGAGAUUGCUUCCUCCGAGCGGAUGCGGAGGGCGCAGGAGGAGCGCGGUGCGGUAAUGAGACGCGAGGGCGGUGACAGGGUGGGGCCGGGGGAAGGCGAUGGAAGGGUGGCGGGGGGGAACGGCGGAAGUGCGCAGUGGCGCUUACAGAACUCCGCCAUGCCGCUGCAGCGCCGUGGAGGGGGAGGGGCGCACGACGGCGGCGGCGCGGCUCGUAGUGCCGGGCGGGAACCGCCUGUGCAAGGGCGCGCGUUAGCGGACAGGCUGUCGAGCGCGGGGAACUCGAGGAGUGGGCCACUGCCGUCUGUGCCCACAGCAGAGCGCGGUGACGGUGCGGUGCAGGCGCGGAGAGAAGGGGAGGGCGCGGGAUGGAUUCGCGGGGUCGCGGGUGGGGAGCAGGAUAGAGAGGGCGGAGUAGUGAGACAGGCAGGCGGCGCUGGGCAGUCGGCAGUGGGGGCGCGGUCGGGGCCAAUGCAGCUGCUGGGUGCCGCCACGCAAGGCUGGUCGCAACCUGGGAAGCAGCAGCUUCAGCCGCAGCAGGGGGGGCAGCAGCGGCAGGGUAAGGGGGAGCGUGAGCGGUGGCAGGAUGUGUUAGCGGGGGUGGGUGGCGGAGAGGCAUGGGUGGAGGCGGCGGAGGUGGAUUCGCAGCUGACGCAGUGGCUGCUGGGGAAGGCGGCGCCCGCGCCCCUGUCCCCGUCCCCGUCCGUUCCCCCGCGCUCACUUUACUCUCUCAGCGCAGGCCACGGCAUGCCGUCGCCCCUCUCCUCCCCGCCCCCCCUCUAUCCCAGCUUCGUACCCGCCAGCCACACCAUGCCCGUAGGGCCGUCCGCGGCCCCGGGCCACGCCAUUCCCCCCUCCGUCUCCGCUCCCCCGGGUGCGCCCAUGCCUGCUCCAUGCGGGGCCACCUCGCCCGCCACCCCUCCGCGUGCCGCACAGUGCGUAACAGGUUCAGGCAGUGGCAGCAGCAGCAGCAGGUACGGUGAAGAGAAUAUGCUUGUUAAUUCCGCAGCAGCCGCAGCAGGUGCUAGUGCAGGCGUGACAACAUACCCCUCCCCCGCCACCACUUCCCCCUCUCUUUCCCCUUCCCCGUCGACCAUCACGCCCCCCCGAUCCCCCUGGUCUCUCCCGCGCGCUCCCCGCCUCCCCGCCGCCACGCCGCUCCCCGCUGCGCCUCCGCCGGUGGUGAAGGAGCGCCCCAAGGGCGGGCUGUUUCAGCGCCGCCAGCUCAAGCGCGGCGGCAGCGAGGGUUGCCGCAGCGUUCUCGACGCCGUCGCUGUAGCCUCCUCCGCCCGCUCCCCCGCCGUUCCCCCUUCCGCGCAUUCCUCCUCCGUGCUCCCCAUCUCCCCCAUUUCGCCUCACACCUUCUCCGUCUCACUCUCCGCCGCCGUCUCCCCCAUCCGCGCGUCGCUCUCUCCGGAUCCCUCCGCCGCCGCGGGCGCGGCACCUGGCGCGCUCAUAUGGGGCGGGGAAGUGUUUCCGCAUGGUGCGUGGAACGGAGCGGGCGCGGCGGGAGUGACUGGGGAAGCGGUGAGCGAGGAGCGCGAGAAGGGGGAGUGGGAGAUGGCGGGGCGGCAGCUGGUAGUGCAGGUGCGGGAGGUGGAAAAGGGGGAGGGUGCGCGCAAAGGGCCAGUGGGGGGCGGGAAGGCGGAGGUCGGGGAGGAGGGCAAGGGGAGGAAAGAGGCGCCUUGCCCGAGCGAGGGGGAGAGCGAGAGGGCACGAGAGGUGGUGGCGGCGGCGGCGGCGCGGCGGUGGCUGAUGGACGAAUUGGCGGCGCUGGGCGUGAACAGCGGGGAGGAGAGCGGGGCGGGGGAGGGGGAGGAGGAGGGGGAAGGGGAGGGCGUGAGGGAGAAGGGCGCGCGGGAGCGGGGCGUGCGAGUGAGCGGGCUGGAGAGACGCGUGGUGAGCCGGCGGUCGCCCACCAGAGAGCAGUGGGCGGACGAGUCUCGGCCCCACGCGCGCGCCCUCGCUCCUCAGCCAUGUCUGUACCUCCAGUCCCCUUCACCCGCCCCCACGGCCCUCAUCUCACAUUCCUUCUCCUUCCCCUCUCUCCCUCCUUGUCUUUCCCCCCGCUUCCUUCUCCACUUGAUUCCCCCCGUUCCCUCCUCCCCCGCAUCCCUGUCGUUACAGCGUAAUCCCAGCCGUCUAUCGCGCUCCUCGCUCUCCCUGCCGCGCCACUUCGUGCCGCUGCCCGCCCAAGUGACCCCCCCAGCACCCGCGCCCGCCGUCGGCUCCUUCUCGGGCCCGCUUCACCUGGGCGCCGCCAAUACCGCGGGUAGCGCGGGCGCCGCCAGCAGCGCGGGCAGACGGGCGGCGGGCGCAGGGGAGCGACAGGGCGAAGGGGGAGCGGGAAGGGAAGGGAGUGAGAGGCAGCGAGCGUGGGAGGGGGCAGCAGGGGGGCCGGGCGAGGAGAGCGGGGAGGGAGGGGGGAUUCGAGAGCAGCAGGUGAACGCACAUACUGGCGGCAGUGCUGGCGGGGAUGGUGGCAUUCAUGGUGGUAGCGCGGAUGGUGGCGGGGGUGCCUCCAGCACGUUGCUUGAGCGCCCGCCCUCCCCCGCUCCCUGGGUAUGUUUCGCUCAUGCGCGCCCGCUGCGACUGCCCCGCACGCCAUGCCAUCCCGCAGGCCAUUAUGCCAUCCCGAACUCUAUGCCCCGCCAUGUGUUCUGCAAUCCCCUCAGAAUCACUUUCUCCUCUGCAUCUCACAUUUGUCUCACCCUCUCCUCCCCAUUCCUCUUCCCCCGCUGCCCAUGCCAGGUCCCUCGCCCCGGCCAGUCGUCCGCGCGCCUCGCGCGCACCAGCAGCUCCAUCUCCUCUGCUGCGCGCCCGCCCUGCGCUGCUGCCCCGGGGGGGCGACCUGGGGGGAGCAUUGGCGGGAGCACAGGCGGAAGCGCAGGCGGAAACACAGGCGGGAGCAUGGGGGGCAUGGGGACAAACAUGGGGGGGAGCAUGAGCGGCAGUUGGAUCAAUCCGAACAUGCGCGCCGGCACAGCGGCGGCGGGGGGAAGGAGGGUAGCAGGGGCGGGGAGACAGGGACAACCGGGCAUGGGUGGAGUGCGGCGACCAGCAACAGGAGCAGGCAGCGUAGGCAGCGUGGGCAGCACAGGCAGCACGGGCAUGAGGGGCAGCAUAGGCGGGAGGAGCGCGAGCAUGGAGGUGGCGCGCGCGCGGCUGCUGGCAGAGGACGCGGCGCUCACAGACGCCAUCCUCACUGGCGCCCUCAUGCCGCCCCCCGCCUCCUCCUCGGCCUCCGCCUCCCUGCGCUUCCCCCAGCGCUCGCAGCAAGGCAGUACGGCCAGUGCUAGCAGCAACGGCGGUGGUAUGGUUGGCAGCAGCAUGUGUGGCAGUCACAGCAUCAGCGUGGUGAUUGGGCGGCGCAGCCUGGACAGCAGCAGCAGCAGCAGCGGCGUGGUGCUGCAGAGACAGGCCAGUGCGGCGCUCAAACGACAGGGCAGCAUGCGGCAGGGCGGCGGGCAGGGCGGUGGGCAGGGCGGCAUGGGGCAGGGCGGCAUGGGGCAGGGCGGCAUGGGGCAGGGCGGCAUGGGGCAGGGCGGCACGGGGCAGGGCGGCAAAGCCUUGAGCAGGCAGAGCAGCAAUGCUUCCCACAGGCUCAGCAGCAGCAGCAGCAGCAGCACGGGCAUGAGAGCCGCAAGCAGCACACGCAACACCACCCCAACCACUCCAACCACUCCCACCACCCCCACCCGUGCCACUGCACCCACCACCCCCACCACCCCCCCAACCCCCACGGCUACCAGCAUUGCAUCAGCAGCAGGCAGCCCCCUCCACAGCACCGCCACCACUCCCACGGGCGGCAGCGGCAGAAGCAGCGGCAGCGGCAGCGGCAGGAGCCCAGCGAGGCUGCCAGCAGGGCAGCGGUCGCGCGUGUUCACCCCCGCAGACCUCGCCCGUGCCACCGACAACUUCCACUCGUCCCGCCUGGUGGGGUCGGGUGCGUACGGCCCCGUGUUCCGCGGCGCCAUCCACGGCUGUGACGUGGCCGUCAAGCGCCUAAGGGCGCGAGAGGGGCGCGCGCGCAGCGAGGGGCGAGAGGCGUUCAAGCGCGAGGUGCAGGUGCUGAGCCGCGUGCGGCACCCCAACGUGGUGCUGCUCAUGGGGUGCUGCCCGCAGGACCUGUCGCUUGUCUAUGAGUUCAUGGCGGGGGGGAGUUUGCAGCACCGGCUGGCAGCGCAGCACAAGCGGGGCGCGCAGGAGCAGGAGAAGGCAGCGAGCAGCAGUGGCAAGUCCCCGUCCUUCUCCUCUUCCUCCUCCGGCCAGCUCUCCUCCCUUUCCCCCGUGUCCCCUUCCCCCCCCGCCUCCCCCAUCGCGUCGUCGCCCCCGCCCCUGCCGUGGCACGACCGGCUGCGCAUUCUCUCCGAGGUGGCCUCGGCGCUGCUGUACCUGCACCGCUGCUCACCGCCCAUCGUGCACCGCGACUUAAAGCCUGACAACAUCCUGCUGGACGCGCACGGCACCAGCAAGAUCGCGGACGUGGGGCUCGCAUGCCUGCUGCGAGACGGGAGCACGGUGGUAACCACCCACCGCAUGCGCGGCACCGUGGGAUUCAUCGACCCGGAGGCCAUUGCAUGCGGCGAGCUCUCCCCCGCCUCCGAUGUGUAUGCGCUGGGGGUCGUGGCGCUCAUGCUACUCACCGGUGCUGAUUCCCCCAAGCACGUGCACCGCCUGCUCGCCCUCUGCCCCACCACCAUCUCCUCCCCGCCUCCCCCCUCCCCCACCACCCUGCACGCCACCGCUGGCACCGACAGUGACAGCGACCCGCCUCUGACGCCCAGGAGCGCCCUGCCGGCAGUGCCCACACGUGACCUGCCGCAGUCAGUGGCCAUCCUGCAGCCGCACCUGGACACGCUGGCGGGCGCGUGGCCUGCUGACGUGGCGCAGCGCGUGCUGCGGGUGGCGGUGCGGUGUGUGGAGCGGGAUGCGCGCAUGCGAGCGGACCUGGCGGGGGAGGUGGUGCCGGCGUUCAGUGAGGCGGCUGCUGCUGGCCGGGCCGAUGUGACUCGGCGCAGUGAUGCUCUUGAGAGCACUCUCGUGUGCCCGCUCUCCAAGCAACGCAUGGAGGACCCGGUGAUAGCAGCGGACGGGUUCACAUACGAGCGGCGCCACAUGGAGGCGUGGCUGGCAUCGUCGCUCCUCUCGCCCUCCACCGGCCAGCCCCUCCCCCACCCGGGCCUCACCCCCAACCACCUCCUGCGCUCCAUCAUUCUGGGAUCCCAGGCUCCGCAUCCCGCUCUCCAGCGCGCCCUUACUGUAAUCUGCUCGUUUACUCCCCUCACCCCUCCCCUACAAGCCGGCACACCUGCUCUACACUCCAAGCAGCACCCGCCCGCGUGCGCCCUCUAUUCCCACCGCCGCGCAUCUUCUCGUGCCCCCUGCCACUGCCACGUCUCGCGUCGCACGUCCCCGUUUUCCGUCCACUUCCCUUUCCUGGUAGACGCCCCUUUCCGCGGAAUCCUUCCCCACUCUCGCGGUUCCCUUUUCCGCACCUUCUUUUCCUCCUUCUCGCUCCUCGCCUCUUUGCGCGCAUCUCAUUCGCGCGCGUUCCGCAUUCGGCGCGCCUGCGCCUUCGGGAGGGAUGAGUGCCCCGUCGUCGCUCGCCGUGCCACCUGCCACCCUGCCUGCCGGCGGCGGAAAGCAGCGGGGGGAACGGCGUCGGGAGGGCGCGCGGGGCAGCAAGGGGGACGCCUCUGCGGACUGGAGCGAGAUUGUGGAGGCGGGGGAGGGACGCGGCGCUGUCGGGGGGAAUUCGCGCAGCAGAGGCGCACGAUGUAUGCUCGGGGGAGGGGAGUGGUGCGGGGAAAGAGGGGCGGGGCGAGGGCGCCCACCUCGCCACGCUCCCCCACGCGGGCAGCUGUGUCUCCGCGUCACUCGACCCAAGCGCCCCUCUCCCCCCGCCCCGCCUCCCCUCGCCAUUUUUCCUACAACCUGCGCCUCCCUUGCGCGACUUCCAUCGCCCACCCGCUCCUCACCAUCCCGCGCGCCCUGCUGCUCGCGCUGCUCCUCGCUGGGGCCCUCGCUCUGUUCGCCCUCCUGCCGCCCUCCUCUGUCAGCAUUUCGCUCGCCAUGCCGCCUGUUUGUGCUUCCACCGUUGUGCUAUUCUACAUAGUGCUGCCGGAAUCACACCAUGCUGCUUGCUCCACCGCACCAUUUCGUCUUUCCUCUCACUUCCUCCCAUCGUUCCAUACACCCUCCGUCGUCCCAUCACCCUCCCCUCAGGCCCAUCAUAGCACCUCCUCCGAAGCAACCCCGCACUCUGCCGCUGCUGCAGGCACCACCCCCGGGUACUGCCCUCCCUCGCCCCCACCCCAUCGCUCAUAUUACAUCCCACCAUCCCCAUGCCAGAUUCUCUUUCCCCACCCCAUCCGUCCAUCCGUCCAUCCGUUCCACCAUCCCUGGUCCGUGCGUCCCCCUGCCACCCAUCUCUCUCUUCUCUCCAUUUCCCGCUUCCCCUCUGCCCAUGCGCCCUCUCCGGUGCUUCCGCACGUGUCCCUGCCUGCAACCCCCUGUAGUGCCUCACCCCAGCAGUCGCGGCUGUGGCAGCUGCUGCAGCGCCAGCAGCACCUGCACGCACAGCAGGAGUGGGGGCGACUGCACCAGUCGCUGCUGCUGCCGCUGCACCACCGCUUCUCCCGCUGGUCGCUCUUUGCCUCUCUCUUCCAUGUGCGUCACGUACGUGUGGGAGGGGAGCGACUUCUCUUUGUCAACGCCUCUCUGCCCCCCUCCGCGCUCCCCCCCUCCGCGCUGCCCUCCCCCUCACUGCCACGCUCCCCCUCCCCGUGGCUCAACGCGGGGGGGAGGCUGGAGGAGUGGGGCGGGGGCGAGGGGCAGUGGCGGCGGGUGGCAUGGAGGGGCGUGAGGGAGAGGGCAGCAGCGUGUGUGACGCUGAGAGACACAUUUGAUACUGCCAGGGAAGAGUAUCAGCAGGCGUUGCAGCUCCACCUGCAGUCCCUGCUCCCCCCGCUCUCCCCCCCUUCCCCCUCUUCUCCUCCCCGCCCGCCCGACCCUCCCCCGUCCGCUCUGCGCUCCUCCCUCUCAGCCCUGCGCCAGCGCCUGCUUACCGAGUGUGCUUAUAACGGGGACGAGCUAGACUUGCCUGCAGAAGAGAGAGGGACGCUUAGACUGAGGGAGGAGGAGAGGAGGACGGGUAGGGGGAAGGCGGGGGAGGGGGGGGGAGGGCAACGGGAGAGGCCGGGAGAGGGUUUGCUAGAGGCAGACGGGGGGUGGCGGUGCAGGGGGGGCGAGCAGGGGAGGGAGGCGCGGGCGUGUGUGGGCGUGAGGGCGGGCGUGCAUGUGUGGCAGCGGCGGCGGGAGCUGUUCCCACAGGCGGCAGUGGGCAUGUCGCUGCUGCUGCAGUUCUUCCAGCAACCCUCCAACGUGCACCCCCUCGUCUCCCGCCUGCACGCCUGCGCUGCCAGCCGUGGUGGUGCUGCUGCUGCUGGUUCUGCUGGGAGCGUGGGGGAGGAGCAAGGGCGUGGGAGUGGGGGUGGAGGUGGGGGUGAGGGAGCAGGAGAGGCGGCGUGGGCGGGGCUGGGGGGCGAGGUGAGUUGGGAUGAGCGAGGGAUGGGGAAGGGAGGAGGUGCAGGGGCGGGGGCGGCGGAGGAUGGGAGCAUGGCAAGGGGUGUGGGUGACAUGCCAGUGGGGGAGGGUGGCAGCGGGCAGGCGGGGUACGGGAUAGAGCUGACCGCCAAUGUGGAUGAACCCUCGUCCUGGCCGCUCUGGCUGCAGAUCUCCUUCCUGCGCGUCAUCUUCCGCCACAACACCCACGAGGUCUUCGCCUUCAACCGCGCUGCCUCCGCCUCCCGCGCGCCCCUGCUCGCCCUGCUCCAGGACGACCUCCUCCCGCCCGCCUCCUGCCGCUGGCUGCACGCCAUCCUGCACGCCCACGCCGCCCAGCCGUCCCUUGCAGCACUGGGGUACCGCACAGGCAAGGUGGAUGUGGACAGCCGCGGGGGCGAGGGCGUGAGGGCGUACCAGCGGCAGAGCCGCGCGCUGUGGGCGCAGCCGGCGUGGGAGGCGCGGGCGGGCGUGCGCGGGUACAUGGCGGGGGUGGUGGACUCGGGACCGCUGGUGGUGCGGCGCGCGGUGUGGGAGCGCAUGGGGGGGUUGGAUGAGGGCAUGUCGACGAGAGGGCAGAGCGCCAUGGUUGCUGACUGGGUGCUGGCGUUCCAUGUGUGGAUGGCCGGCCACAAGGCGGUGCACAUGGCAUGGGAGCGGGGGCAGGGCAUGGAAGCAGCGGGGCAGGGGGGCACGCACAAGGGGGUGCAGCGGGCGGUGAGGCAGAUGCAGAAGGUGGUGGGGAUGGCGCAGUUCCAGCGCCACACCGUGGACGUGUAUAACGGGCGGCAGCAGCAGGAGGUAUACCGCACCAACCUCAUGCUGCCACUGCUGGAUGUGUGGCAGUGA